AUGGCAUUCUUGGAGAAGUUCCGCACUGGUGCUAAGAAAGCUGCCAUUCAAGCUACCGCAUUUGCCAGGGACUCUUCGACGUCAAUCCAAAAUGGGACAAGAUCGUUUGCUCAAGGGUUCAGUCUGCCGGGGGAAGCGGAUAAAGCUGCUAAAAUCCUCGAAUCAUUCCUCGCCAAUCCCGAUCAUCCUGACUCUGCAUUGAACUCUAUACCCAAAUCCGUUCUACAGCGGGCGAGGGGUCUUGCCGUUUUCCAGGUCCUCAAGGCAGGCUUCGUGUUCUCUGGGAAAGCAGGCUCGGGUCUCGUUAUCGCUCGUCUCCCAGAUGGUUCGUGGUCUGCACCCUCGUGUAUCGCCACAGGAGGUCUUGGAUGGGGUCUUCAAAUCGGAGCAGAUAUCACCGAUUUCGUCGUCGUUCUCAAUUCGGAAGAUGCUGUGAAAGCGUUCUCUCUGGGUGGUAACGUCACUGUGGGUGGUAAUCUUGGUGUAACGGCGGGUCCCAUUGGAACGGGUGGUGCAGUUCAGGCGAGUUUGGCUAGUCCUGCACCUAUGUUUUCGUAUUCCAAAUCAAAGGGAUUAUUUGCGGGUGUUUCGCUGGAAGGGACAAUGCUUAUCGAGAGAAAGGACGCGAACAGAGAGUUUUACGGAUCCCCUCUGCCUGCGCGCGAUAUCUUGGGAGGGAGAGUGCCACCUCCAGAAAUAGCGAGCAAGUUAUACGAGAUCAUCGAAGCUGCAGAGAUGCGCCAUCUCUGUUCCUUGUUUCGUCGCGUUGGAUUGGAUGAGGAUGCGUUGCCUGAGAAUGCCUAUAUUCCAACUGUGGGUGGUGAUCAUGUACCUGUCACCUCUGGGUACUCCUUGGGGAGCGGGAGUAAGACGGUUUUUGAUGCUGGGAAUGAGCACUCGUAG